CCCCCAGCUCGACUCUUCAACUCCUGUUCCUUCUCCACUCCAGACCCUGCCACGGAGCACUCGGAUCACACAGGAAGGAUCGAGAAAAAAGAAGAAAAAAUAUGCCGAAGGAACGCCAGCUUAAAUUUGGCGGAUGAACGAUGAACGUACCAGACGAAUGACGGGAUCUGAACAAAGCAGUCCUGAGCAGGUGUCAUCUUCCCCAGCCCUCCGCCCUCCAUCAAUGCCGUCACCACCUUCACAAGGUUCAAGGGAUGUUGCUCCGUAUCCCUUGGCUGCUUCCUUCCACACACCUCCAAGUCUACUACGGCGAUUGAGGGAUUUUCUCCCCGAGUCCGACGGUCCUUAUAAAAAGACACUUUCGUCUAUACUUUUCUCCAGAUGUCACGAGCUGCGACACCCCUCGCACUUCUGACCGGAACUGAAUUUGGACCCAGCCCUACCUAGGGCAUGGGAAGUUUACU